CAUAAUGACAGUGGCAACAGGAGAUCCCUCAGAUGAGGCAGCAGCACACCCAGGCCACCCUCAGGACUAUGAUGCUGAGGGAGAACAGGAAUGCUGUGAAAGAGUUGUCAUCAACAUUUCAGGCCUACGAUUUGAGACACAACUCAAGACCCUCUCACAAUUUCCUGAGACAUUGCUUGGUGAUCCAAAAAAGCGGAUGAGAUACUUUGACCCUUUAAGGAAUGAGUAUUUCUUUGAUAGAAACCGGCCAAGCUUUGAUGCCAUCCUCUACUACUACCAGUCUGGAGGAAGGUUACGGCGCCCUGUAAAUGUGACUCUGGAUAUAUUUUCAGAAGAAAUUCGGUUUUAUGAGCUUGGAGAGGAGGCUAUUGAGAUGUUCAGGGAGGAUGAAGGGUUCAUAAAGGAAGAGGAGAGGCCGUUGCCUGAUAAUGAAUUUCAGAAGCAGGUCUGGUUGCUGUUUGAGUAUCCAGAAAGUUCAGGACCAGCAAGGAUUAUAGCAAUCAUAUCUGUCAUGGUGAUUCUUAUUUCUAUCGUCAGCUUCUGUCUGGAGACUCUGCCUAUAUUCCGUAGUGAUGAAGAGGACAUGCAGAAAGCCCACAAACAUAAUAGUAACUCCACCACAAGUCAUGUGUCCACCUCCUUCACUGACCCUUUCUUCAUACUGGAGACACUCUGCAUUAUUUGGUUCUCUUUUGAGUUCCUGGUUCGGUUCUUCGCCUGUCCCAGUAAAGCCAACUUCUUUGUGAACAUAAUGAAUAUGAUUGAUGUGGUGGCUAUUAUACCCUACUUCAUUACACUAGGAACAGAACUGGCAGAGAAAGCAGAGGACGGCCAGCAAGGGCAGCAGGCCAUGUCUUUAGCCAUCUUGCGAGUCAUCCGACUAGUGAGGGUCUUCAGGAUCUUCAAGCUCUCACGUCAUUCCAAGGGACUCCAGAUUCUGGGGCAAACUCUGAAGGCCAGCAUGAGAGAACUUGGGUUACUUAUCUUCUUCCUCUUCAUUGGAGUCAUCCUCUUCUCCAGCGCCGUCUACUUUGCUGAAGCAGAUGAACCUGAGUCCCAGUUCUACAGUAUCCCAGAUGCCUUCUGGUGGGCUGUGGUUUCUAUGACGACUGUUGGCUAUGGAGAUAUGGUACCCACUACCAUUGGUGGCAAGAUUGUUGGGUCUCUUUGUGCCAUUGCUGGAGUGCUGACCAUUGCCUUGCCAGUGCCUGUUAUUGUCUCAAAUUUCAACUACUUCUACCACCGUGAAACAGAGGGUGAGGAGCAAGCCCAAUAUCUGCAGGUUACCACUCCCAAAGCUGAUUCCCAGGAAGAGUUGAAACGAAGUCAAAGUGGUUCUACCAUCAGCAAAUCUGACUAUAUGGAGAUCCAAGAAGGACUGAACAACAGUAAUGAGGACUUCCAGGGGGAGGACCUCAAAAAAGGCAAUUGCACUUUGGCCAACACAAACUAUGUGAAUAUCAAAAAAAUGCUGACUGAUGUAUAAUCAACUGAGAUUAUGUCAUUGGAAAAUGUGAGACAAGCAUGAGGGAGAUGGCAGCCUUAGUUUGCAAAAGUUCUGAGGCUUUAAAGCUAUAAAGGAUAAAGAGGAUCACUAUAAGUUAGAACCUUUGCUACUGAUAUGAAAUUUUCUGUUCUGCUCAGAACAGACCAGCCCAGCUCAGAAAAGAUCAGCCCAGCCACCUAUGUAAGAUCGUCUUCAUAGUAAAACAAUCAUCUGAGUGUGCAUGCAGUUAGCUUUCAUUUCUGUGACUUUCACUAAAAAAUCUAACUUCCGUAACAGCAGAAACUGUAGAAACUAGAGGGAUGAAGGAACAACCUAACUAAAAGGGUUAACAACUUUAUGCCUCCAAAAAACAUCCUUGUACCAUGUAUGUAUCAUCACAGCAUAUCAAGCCCUCAAAGUUCAGCUACAUCUCUUUGCUUCUCCAAAGAAAAUAUUAUUGUGCUUCUUCUGGGGUAAGGAAAACAAGGCCUCAUGAGUAGUGUAAUAAUAAUGAUAUAAGAUUAUGAGAACAAAAACGUCCUCCAUUGUUGUGCUGCUUAUUAUAGAUGUCUGACAGAAGUAAUAUUUGAACAUGAUAAACACAAUACACUCAAAUUCAAUUAGCUCAAAGAAUUUAAACAGCUUUUAUUAGCAUUAUCACUAUUUUCCUCCACACUGAAAAUGUCCAGUAACAGUCUGCUUUUGUUUUAAAAACCAUCAUCUAUCCCAGUAGCCUACAUAUGUAUGGACUAUGCUCUCAUGAAAGUAAGAUUUAUUGCAAAGCUUUCAAGACAGACUGAAAGUUUCUGUUCCAUAUUUUAUGUUUAUGAUAAUGCAGUUAAUCAAAUUUAUGCAGCGUGUAUGUAUAUCAUCUUUUUAAUGAUAUAAUCUAUUAUACAGACCAGAUUAUGCUGUUGUUUGCUGACCAAACUUGGGUUAAGGUCGGCUCUAAACUAUAGUUAGGAAAACAAUAAGACUGUCCUAAUCUUGCACCAAUUACAGUUGCACAAUACGUUUAAUAAUCAAAACUAAUGAUCUU